GAGUGGUGUCCUUACUGUGGGAGAGAAGGGUACUCCUCUUUCAAAAGAUUCGAGGGAUGUAGGGGCACAUUUGCCUGGUUUCGACGACUCACGCACCCAUGCAUCGCUGAAAGUCACCGGCUCUGGAGUUGGGCCCAAUUGAGACAAUUGAGAUCAAACUUGCCAUCUUGCCUCUCGUCCUAUUGACGACGCCUGCUCGGUGCUUGGCGAUCAUUUUGAAAGAGCGAGGGGAGGGGAGGGGAGGGGAGCAGGAGACCGAGAGCAGGACAAUUGAGCCUAGGAUUCAGACGACAACAGAUUGAGGCUCAGAGAGGGGAAAUGUUGAGGGUGCGAGCAGCGUCUUUCUUCACUGGAUUCGCUGUGGCAUCCGGCAUGGCGAUGUAUCAGGUGCAGAAAGAGGUGUGGUCGAGUCAUCAAACGUUGUCUGCCCAGGCACAAGAGUAUCAUUCAGAUUUGGAGUCACGGAUAGCUCGUCUGGAGAAGUCCACCGGCCUAGGAUCGAAACCGAAAGAGAGCGAGUAAAGGCUGCUGCCAUCAUGUGAUACAAAUCAAGUGCAAGGAGAUGUAAUCAAACACACAAGAUUGUAGGUUGAUUUUGAAGCCACAGGCCUCUUUUUGCAAUCCACCUAAAUUCUCUACGAGUAAUAGUCACGUCUUGCAGCUUCUGCGCUUGUCAAUUUUCUCCCUCAGCAUGUAACUAGAUUCAAAUUUGAAUCUCUCAUCUUUUACUUGUUGAUGCGAAGUGAGAAGCUCUAUGAUGGUACACAAAGUUUUAGACAGUUCUAAGGCAGUGUCUCGUGUACCACUUAUUGUUUACAACAGCAUUGUCGUCGUCCUGGUGAAACUUGCAGGUUGUAGCUACCGAGAGAAGUAGUUGUUCAUAAAACAUGCAAACGCCCAAAAAUGAGUGUCCAGCUUCUUUCACUUUCUUGAUGGAGAAGUUGAACUGAAUAAAAUUUUCCUGGGACCUGAGUGAGGAAGACAAUCUUUUCUCCGCAGAUUUCUCUGAAAACUGGAAUGAAAGUAUCUCUGCAUGAUGUAGGUUUUGCACGCGAACGUCACGGGCAUCAGUCACCUUCUGUGUCCAGUUUGUUCGGUUUUCGAUCAUGCCAAUCUAUUGGGCAACUGCUAUCAUCGGAAGCCAUCAGUGGAGGAAGAUUUGUUGCUAUCCCUCGCCCAAUGGUGUAGCACUUUAACUUUCGGUCACUGGGAAAGUCUGGGACAAUCAAUUGGUCUUGAACUUGGUGAAUUUCGUUCCCCUUGUCUCCAUCUCGAGUGGUGUUUUAAAUUUCAUUUUGUGCUUAAAAUCAGGAUAAUGCAAGAGUCGGAACUACCAUUACUAUAUACCAAACACGAUAUAGAAUGGAAGAACUGAGCAGAACGGUCGAUCUCACCUCUUACAUUGAAUAUUGACAUCAAGUGGUAACACGGACCUUCGUAGCCUGGGUUAAUGACAGCGUAGUUAUACCUGACGGUGGACCAGAAAAGUAAUAGAGAAGUGUGCGUGGAGAGUGGAGACCUGCCUCAGUGAUCUCUACUGGCCACCUGCAUUUCUCGCCCGGUAUGCCCAAGAACGAAAUCACUUACCGAUUUCGACAGAAAGCAGAGAGUGGAAGGAGUAAUUGGCAUUAGAACCAUCUAGAAACACUCUGCCUACUUGACCGACACAGUGAGGAGCAUCUCAGAUAGGUGUUGUUUUCCGUAAGUACGAUGAGAACUGCCCCUUAAACCUUCCUGUUUAGUGCCACUUCCAGUUACUGUGGAGUGUGUCGAUUAGGCAGGCCCUGGAUUCGAAAAUACAAAAUUAACAGUUGGACCUACGGCUUGUCUGAGACGGUGAAAGAAGGGAAAGACGAUGUGCAAUAUGUGCCUUACGCCACUUGGGCGUCAGGUCUGCGGUGAGCCUCAAUAAUGUUUGAUGUCAAAGAUUUGCUUUUCCCUACCUCCUCAGAAACUGAAGAAUUUAGGAUCCCAUCCAAGUAUACUGCCCCUACCACUAUUUUGGAUUAACAUUACAAGAGACGACACAUUGAUCGCUUAAGGAGGUGUACAUCCGUUUUGCCUACCUAUAAUGUUUUCUUUCCUACCGGAAAAAGAAGAAGAUUCUCACGACAAGAUAUACUCUCUUCUUCAAGCCUUUCAU